CCAACACCCCGAGGGGCUAUAGGGUAUCCAGCGCCAGAGGAACCAGAGGAAAUAGGAAUGGAUGGAGGUGGGCCCCUGGGAAGGCUGUCGGAGGCACGCAAAGGAGUUGAGCUUCAGCCUCAGUGAUGUUCAGUGGAUCUCCGUGCGCGGGGCCCCCUCUGUGCGUCUGAGGCUCAGAUUGGCCCCCACUGCUCACACCCUCACUACACAAUCGACGCAGCGUCACUGCAAGUCCAAACCGACGUGACUUCAUUCCUCAAGUCACAUCAUUUUCAGCUGCUUUGUGCGACCCGUCGCAGUCCAUCGCCUCGUUUCCAGUUUGGAUCGGCAGCAUUACGCAUCCAGGACGCGCUUCUGCUACCCCAGAACCGGAGGAUGCUGCUGAGGCGACGCCGGCACCAGAGGACAAGGCUUCAUUUCCGGGGACUUUAGAUCAAAAAAGUUUUUUUCAACUUUUCAUUGGAGAACCAGUAAAUCUUGAGAUCUUCAACCAUGAGGGACCGACUAACUCACCUGCAGAAAAUGUCCAAUGACAACAACAUUGAGCCAAUGGAGUAUGCGGAGUCCACGAUGUCCGACUCCUUCAGCAACAUUGACCUGGAGGAGGAAUUGCCGCAUGAGGCAGUGAUUUUUGACACUAGCCCUGCAUUGGCGGAGAUCUUUUCCCAAUCACAAGACAUUCACAGAGAGAUCCAGCUCAUCCGCCUUGAGGUGAAAAGGCUUCGGGAGCAGAACUCGCGCAUGUUCCAGGGCGUCACCACCAUCAGUACCAUCAAAAGAGACACAAAUGCUAUCGCUGCUGACAUAAAGAAAAGGGCAGAAGGUGUCCUAGCUCGCCUGCACGACAUGGAUGGGGUGGCGCACAAGCUGAAGGAAACACACGGCCCUAACUCUGCCAUCACACGCAUCGCCAGAACCCAGUACGCUUGCCUCAGCAAUGGUUUCCGCGACGUCAUGUUUGACUACAACGAGGCUGAGAUGAGCCACCGAGAGAACUGUAAGACACAGAUCCAGAGGCAGAUGGAGAUAGUGGGCCGUGAGGUGACGGGGGAAGACUUGGAGGAGAUGAUCGAGAAGGGCCAGUGGAACAUCUUCACCGACAACAUCGUGACAGAAGGCAAAACGGCUCGAUCCGCUCUGUCCCAGAUCGAGAAGCGUCACCAGGAGCUGAUGGAUCUGGAGAGUCGCAUCAAAGGCAUCCACGAGAUAUUCCUGGACAUCGCGCUCCUGGUGGAGGAGCAGGGUCCCAUGCUCGACUCCAUCCAGACCAACGUUCAGAAAACGGACGCAAGCUUGCAGGAUGCCCUCGUCAAACUUCGCGCCGCCAGACGUCACGACAGAGACAACCCUUUCAAAAAGAUGUUCUGCAGCUGCUUUCCAUGUUACAAAUAAAGACUAUGACAAAUAUGGUUGGAGGGAUGUCAGACCAAAUUGGAAAAUUAUGGCUACUGUAUUUAUGAACAUGGGCUGUGGGUAACAUUGUUCAUCUAGAAUGGAAGAAAAAGUUUGCCUACAUUGAGAAAAAACUGUACUUUAAUUAAAUUAUUGUUUGUAAGAAGGUUUUGAGACUCAAAUCAAAAUAAAUUCCCCAAUGACUGAGACUUUUUUUUUAGUUUUGUGACCAUUAGACUUUUAGAGCAGGGGUGUCAA